AUGGCCCCACGCCACCUCUCCAACCUGGCCGCGGUGCGGAAGCAGCAUUUGCUAAUAGAGUUCUCAAGCCUCAAAUACGCCUGUCCUCAUGGCGUCUUCGUGUCCCUCACACCUGGCGACCCCAGUCUCUGGUCUGGCGUCCUCUGCCCCUAUGCCCCGUCGGUCCUGCGCUUUCAGAUCUCCUUCCCACCUACCUACCCCUCCCUGCCACCUCUCGUCACCUUCAGCACCGACAUGUUCCACCCCCUGAUCACCCCUCUGACGACGUACAUGUACACGACCGACACGCAGAACGGCGCCGAAGGCACCGUGUCCGCGACGGACGAGGAGCGCUUGCCGCCCGGGGGCUUCAGCUUGCGAGCGGGCUUUCCGACGUGGUUUGGGCGGCGGAGUCGGCGGCGCGACGACAAUGGCAGUACGAUGGGGACGCCGGGCAAGAUUAGCGUGAGCGGGUUGUCGAGUCCUGUGUCCGUGGUUUCCGGGGCGAGCGAGACGCCCCGGAGUGUAGGGGGGAGCGGCACGACGGCGGGUAGUGGUGAGGGGAAGAGGGAGGAGGUGGGCACGUAUGAGGUGUUGAGGUAUAUCAGGAGUACGUUUGACGAUGCGGCGGUGCUGGAUGCGGUGCCGCUCGAGGCCGCGGGGAAUCCUGGGGCGUGGCAUGCGUGGCGGACGCAUAGGGUUAAAUCUGGGCAGGUCAUGCCCACGUCUCCUCCGCCUGUACCGUUGAGCGAGGUCCCGGGUAGCGAUGAUGGGACGCCGGAGGGGUAUAAGAGUCUGGCGGGUGGAGGGGGAGUGGUGGGACAGAGGAGACCGGGGGAGUGGAAUUGGGAUGGGGUGUGGGAGGUUAGGGUUAGGAAGGGGGUCGACAAUAGUGUGGCGGAGGCGGUACUCUUUGGGAAAGAGGCGGGAGAUGAUCUGAUCAGGUUUCUGAAUCUGGACGAAGGGGAGAUCGGAGGUGUUAUGGAGAGGAUUCGGGAGAGUGUUGAGGGGGCUCAGGAGGAUGCUCAGAGAAGGGCGGCUGUCCAGGGAGAGGAUUUGGUGUGGAAGGUUGGAUCAUGA